AUGUUUCUGAACUCUCGACUGCUCUUUCACGCUCGCAUCCUCAAGGCUUUGUACGUACAGCCUCAUGCGACACUGCCUUCGCAACCGUAUCUGCAGCACCGGCGCACUUUCACUGCCGUGGACCCCUCAUUCGCGUCAACUGCCCCGGUGAUGCCACCACCGUCGGCUUCCUCAGGGAGGCUUCAUGCCAACAAGCGCAGAUUGCAGCACUGUAACACGGAAUCCAGAAGCAGCAGUAGCAAUGGCAGCAGAAUUAACAGUAACAGAAGCAGCAACGACCGCAUGCUGACAACUGUGCACGAUCUUCGCCUUUUGGAAACGGUCUGGGGGCACCGCGAGAUUUCGGCUGCUCCUGCCUAUGCAGAGGCUGCAGCAGUAGAGGCAAAAGCAGCAGAUGCUUCUGCAGCUGCUUCAGGGAGAGGAAGAGUUGUGGUGCUGCUGCUCAAUAGGCCGUUUCCUUCUUACGUACACGGUUUGCUUGAAAACGCAUGGCUAGUCGUCGCAGCUGACGGCGCCGCCAACCACAUGCUUCCCCUCUACCGUGCUGUUGAGGCGAAACAACAACAACAGCAGCAGCAGCAGCAAGAACAGGAGGUUCAGCAGCAGCAGCAGCAAGUGCAGGAGUUACCUGGGGGGAUGACAAGAAAUGCCCAAGAAAUGCCCUAG